CCUUUAAGCAUCUUGCGGUAAAAUUGGUGAAACGCCUUUAAGCAUCUAGCGGUAUUGCUGCGUUCACGACGUAUCGGAAUUAUCAAGAUCUCACCUUCCGACUGGAAGAACCGUUUACAUCAAGCUCCGAGUUCUAAUCCCAAAUGGGAAAUAUGGGAACUACCUGAAGGCGACGAUAUCUCCGGCCAGUAGGUAAAACUACAGAAGUCACGAGAACGCAGCAAGAAAAAUGGCUCCUACGACCAAGUUAGCAACCGUUCAAAAGGAGUGCAAGCUGACCUCAGUGUCCAGCCCUCCCUCUCAAAGAGUGGCGGAUUCUACCAAGAUGACCGACACCAACAGCCAAUCGGAUUCGAUAACUGUUUGCUUAAAAUGUUUAAGCCCCACAUCUUCAGCAGAAGGCAUCAAGGUUGAAUCUGUGACGGACAGCUCUGAUUACACAAGUGUAGAUCCAGUGUCACAUUUGAACAGAUGGGAUGACAUAGAGAAGAGGACAGAGAGGACAACUGUAUAUUUGCUGUGCAGAGAACAAAAGGACAUACUAGCCAACAUGAAGGUGGAGGAAGAAGAUGGGGAGAGGCAGAGUGUGGAAAUGGAGAGAGACCAUGUUGUGAAAGAUGAAGAGGGAUUCUGGAAGGGGGAAGAAAAAGAGAGGGAUGGACAUGGGGAGGGACGUGUAACUAAUCAAGUAGCCCAAAAUUUGUUGAAGAACGGAGUAAAAUCUGAACAUGGACAACAAAAAGGGGAACUUUCUAAUCUGGUCAUUUCCUGUCUGCUAAAACAGCCUAGAGUGCUGAUUCAUCGACUUGAAAUUGCCAAUAUUUCAGUUUCUGGGUCAUCACCUCUUCGUUCCAUGGCCUGUAAAAGAGAUCAGCGAGCGGCAUCUCCAUGGAGACCGCAUGAGCUCUCACCACUGAGAGGAAACGGAUCACUGAGACAGAAGGGUCAGGUCGUGACCUGGAAGAGAAAGACCGUUGGCCAGUUGGAGAGACCCCUGAAACUGCUUCCAUCUUCAUCAGAGAACGGGAUCUGUGCUGAAACCUCCCUAAUUUCUCCUGUCAUCUCCCCCAAGAAUCAUCAAAACACAGGACAAACUGUUGAGGUGUUGUCUCAGGUCUUUGCCUGCUCCCAGUGCCCAUUUGUUCACACAGACAAAGUGAAUCUUCAAUGGCACGUUGAGAAGGUCCACCCAGAUCAGAUCAGCAGGACCAUGGGGUCCCAACAACCUCCCAACAGCACACAUCAGCACCCCACUAAGACACCCCCAACCCUAACGCAGUCCCACACAGGCACUCUAAGGGCCCACACAUGGUCCCAGUAUGGGAAGAGUUUGAAAUGCAAAUCACAGCUGAGGACAGACAAGAAAAUGCCAAAAGAAGAGCGGGCCUAUCAGUGCACCCAGUGUGAGAAGAGUUUUGCUUGGGCAAAUAAACUGAAGGUACAUCAGCGAACUCAUACUGGUGAACGGCCAUACCAUUGUUCCCUGUGUGGGAGGAGUUUUGCUCAGUCAAGUACAUUGAAGCAACAUCAGCGAACUCAUACAGGAGAGGUCCCAUACCAGUGCUCCCUGUGUGGGAAGGGUUUCGCUCAGUCAAGUACUUUGAAGCAACAUCAGAGCACUCAUACAAGGGAGCACCCAUACCACUGCUCCCAGUGCGAGAAGAGUUUUGCUUGGGCAAAUAAACUGAAGGUACAUCAGCGAACGCAUACUGGUGAACGGCCAUACCAUUGCUCCCUGUGUGCGAGGGGUUUCGCUCAGUCAAGUACUUUGAAGCAACAUCAGCGAACUCAUACAGGAGAGCUCCCAUACCACUGCUCCCUGUGUGGGAAGGGUUUCGCUCAGUCAAGUACUUUGAAGCAACAUCAGAGCACUCAUACAGGGGAGCACCUAUAUCACUGUUCCCAGUGUGGGAAGAGUUUUGCUUGGGCAAAUAAACUGAAGGUACAUCAGCGAACUCAUACUGGUGAACGUCCAUACCAUUGCUCCCUGUGUGGGAGGGGUUUUGCUCAGUCAAGUACUUUGAAGAAACAUCAGCGAACUCAUACAGGAGAGCUCCCAUACGAGUGCUCCCAGUGUGGGAAGGGUUUCGCUCAGUCAGGUAAUUUGAAGAAACAUCAGCAAACUCAUACAGAGAAGGACCCAUACCACUGUGCCCAGUGUGGGAAGAGUUUCACUCGAUUGAGUAGCCUAAAAAUACACCAGCAAACUCAUAUACAAUGGUGUGCAAAAAUGUGGGCACCCCGGGUCAAAAAGCCUUGUACAAUUAAUAUCUAACUGAACAGAAGAAAACUUGACCUCUACAUGGUACAAUGUUAAACAUGACACAUUUCUUCAAAUGCAGAAGUGGAGAAGUUUGGGAACCCUGUCAGUUAGUAACUCCUACUAUAUAACUAUAACAGCUUGCAAAUGUUGGAUGUUGUAUUCUGUAACUCUGAAAAACACCAGCGAAUCCAUGGAAAGAGAUAAGUUUGUGGAUGAUAUGCCCUAGAGGGAGCAUAUAUAGCAUCCAAGCACAAUUCACAUGUUAACAUUCAGCAGACAAACAGACAGAUACACUCAGUCAGCACUUUAUUAGGUAUUUAUUAGACUUAUUUAUUAGACUUCUUCAGUAUUCUGCUGCUGUAGCCUAUCCACUUAGAGGCUUGACAAAUUGUCUGUUCAGAGAUGCUUUUCUGCAUACCACUGUUGUAAUGCAUAGUUAUUUGUGUUACUGUCAUCUUCCUGUCAGCUUUGAACAGUCUGGCCCUUCUCCUCUGACCUCUCUCAUUAACAACACAUUUCUGUUCACUGGAUGUUUUUUGUUUUUCACACCAUUCUUUGCAAACUCUAUAGACUGUUGUGCCAGGAGAUCAGCAGUUUCUGAGAUACUCAAUCCACCCUGAAUGGCAUCAACAAUCAUUCCACAGUCAAAGUUACUUACAUCGUAUUUCUUCCCCAUUCUGACAUUUAAUCUGAAAAACAGCUGAACCUCUUUACCACAUCUGCAUGCUUUUAUGCAUGUGGUUACUGCCACAUGACUGGCUGAUUAAAUAUUUGCAUUAAGCAGCUGGUGUACAGGUCUACCUAAUAAAGUGGUCACUGAGUGUAUAUUGAAGCUCAAGUUCAAACAACAUUAAGAAAAUCCAGAUGUAAUACAUGUUUAAUACGUUAAAUUUUUUCAAAAGCCUAGAAUCAAGACUAGAUACUGAAAAUGCAUCCCCCUGCCCCUCUGAACUGCAUAUUGGUUUUUUCAUUUUGUUUUAUAUUUUGUGGCAUUGUGUUUAUUUGUAUCUUAUUAAUGUUCACUGCCGGAAAGCACAUUGUGCUGUAUGCUCAAAGUGUGACAUAAAUAAAGUUAUUAACAAUA